AUGGGUAAACUCAACUUACCCCGCUUCGGGAAGAAAAAGCCUACCGAUGACGAGCUCUCUUCUCCUACUUCCCUUGAACCACCAAAACUGUCUUUCAGUUCCUUACCGGCAAUAACCUCCGAUUCUCUUUCGCCCAUUACUCCCGAGCCACAACCAAAGAAAGAGACCAACUUGCUGGACGAGAUAUUUAGUCAGCUCGGCUCCGGAUCUGUUGCAACGCCUGCUUCCAAAGAUAAACCAUACGACGAUGACAUUGGUCUCGCUCUCGAAUUCUCCCGUCGCUUAGAUUUCUCAUAUAACACUUCUGCUCCACAUCAACUCCUUUACUCGAUGAUUUUUACUCCAGAUUCAAUAUACCAGCUCCAGGCGCAACCAGUACAUCUACUACUUUUACAAAAAACAAUACUACUUUCACAAAGAAUAAUACAACUCAGCCCAAACCCGCCGCAGUUCAUCGACCACCGGACAGCGACGACUCAAGUGUAUCCAGUACAUCCACAAAAAACCGCUCAAAAAAAUUCAAAGAACCGAGGCAAGAAACAGCUCGAUAGCGACGAAGAUUCUUCCUCCUCGGAUGAUGGUUCUUCAUCCACACGUCGUCCUAAUCGAAAGCAGCCAGUCGACCCGGUCCUUCAACGUAGAAAAGCAGCUCACGAAAAGAUUAGCGCGGUAGCCAACUGGGUCGAAGAGGUUGAUCCAAAAGAUGGUGAGAACAAUGUAUUGGAUAGAAUGAAAGACAGACACAGAGUUGAAGCGCGAGCUUUGGUCAAUAUAUCAAACAGCUCAUCCGCACACCUACCUCCCGGCCCUCCUCAACAUCCAUUUGCCGAUGAUCAAUAUUAUCCAAUGGACAAUGGUGACUGGAAUCAUGAUCCGCGUUACCCGUACGACAACAGAAAUUACGACGCCGCUCCUAUCCGAGAUGACCAUCGCAUUCCUCCUCCUCAAGCAGUCCCGCGUGGAUACCCCCCACAUCCGGAAGACAGGAGAGAUGAAAGAUACCCGAGAGAUCCUCGUCAGCCAUAUCCAGAAGACUACAGGGAAGAUCCUCGCUAUCCACCACAGCGCAUACCACGCAACAUGGACGAAUCUCGUGAGGACUAUUCUCGCUAUCGUCCACUCAAUCCUCAGUCUGGCGGUGGUCCUAUCGUACCUAGAUCUCGCCAUCCUGACCUAUACAACCGUUCAGGUGAAUCACCAACCCGUAGUGACGCUGGGAGAAAGUUUAAUGAUGAAAGAAAAGUUCCUUCAAAUAGUACUUCAUCAAACUCAUCGACUACUUCAGAUCCACCGCCAAUGCUUUACAAGUCAAAAGACCACAAGUUGAAACGGAAUCUAUCACAAACCGUCUUAUCCAGAAGUGGGAAAAGCGACGAAAGACUAGAUAAAGCAAAAGAUAAGGGUCCUGAAGAAAGAAUAAAAAAAGAUCAUCACUCGCCUCAAUCUUCGGUUUCGUCAAACAAAAGCAAGAAAGGAGAAAAUGGAAACUUGUUUUCAUCAAAAGCAUCAUCUGUUUCUUCGCACGAAAGUAACGGUCGUGGUGGAAAUGAAGGUCGAGGAGCCUAUGAAAAUCGAACGGGUUAUGAAAAUAGAAUGAAUUAUGACAACAGAGGAGGACCCGAUAAUCGAGGAGUCUAUGACAACAGAGGAGGACCUGACAAUCGAGGGGUCUAUGACAAUAGAGGAGGACCUGACAAUCGAGGGGUCUAUGACAACAGAGGAGGACCUGACAAUCGAGGGGUCUAUGACAACAGAGGAGGUUAUGAAGGUCGAGGAGGUUAUGAUAGCAGAGGAGGUUAUGAAGGUCGAGGAGGAUAUGAAGGUCGAGGAGGGUAUGAAGGCCGAGGAGGGUAUGAAGGCCGAGGAGGGUAUGAAGGUCGAGGAGGGUAUGAAGGUCGAGGAUAUGAAGGUCGAGGAGGGUAUGAAGGUCGAGGAGGGUAUGAAGGUCGAGGAAGAUAUGAAGGUCGAGGGGGAUACGAAAAUCGAGGAGGAUAUGAAGGUCGAGGGGGAUAUGAAGGUCGAGGGGGAUACGAAAAUCGAGGAGGAUAUGAAAAUCGAGGAUAUGAAGGUCGAGGGGGCUAUGAAAAUCGAGGGUAUGACUCAAAACCAUAUGAUACAAGACCGCCUCCCCAAAUCUCAAAGAAUUCUCCUCAAUCCGACGACCCGCUUCAUCGUACUCGUGAAGUGCCGAAUCAAAAUCGCAAUUCAUGCUCUUCUGAAGACAGUGACCAUGCUCCACUUGCUACGAAAAUGCAAUCGUCAGGUUCAGUUGCUCAACCAAAGCAAGAGAAGAAACAGCAGCCCAAGAAGAUUUUAGACUCGGAUUCUUCAAGCGAUGAGGAAGAGGAAGAGAGCGAGAGCGAUGAUGAACAGCCAUUGAGUAAGGCGGUAAAUAGUAAUGGUACAAUGCCAGGAAGAGGUGUUGGUUAUUAUCCGAAUCCACCGAGUUCGUUACGAUCCGAUGAUUAUGAUAUGCGUGUAAAUGGUGCGCCAGUUCAGCCUGGCUUCCGUGAAGAUCCUGCCAAUCGAUUUGCACCAGUUCCUUAUCGAGAUGAGGCAUAUGAAGUUCCGCCGCGUCAUCAUCCUAAUUAUUACACAUCACAACCCCCAAGAGACGAUGUUCAAUACGAAGCACGGGCUCGUUAUGGAAAUGUCAAUGCACCGAUUCCUCCUGCUCCACCAGCAGCUAUCGAACAGCCGGCUGUCGAUCCAUCACUCUCAUCUCAGAAACUACCCCUUAUAGAAAUGGCAGGCUAUCGAUAUGAUCAAAAUAAACGAACUCCUAUCAGUACACAAAAUACUGGACCCUUUCUGAGUAAUCUUGACUCGAAGAUUCGAUCAACAUCUCCGAUGAGGUAUGGAGAUGGGCAGCAGGGUGCAGGUGGAAGGGGUGGACAAUAUACUAGAGGGGUAUAUGGGAAUGAGAGGGCAGCUCCGUCUGGACGGGGCAUGUACAAUAAUCAACCACCAUCAAGAACACGAGGAAUGACGAAUGGGGGAGGACCAACGAGGAAUGGAUAUGGCAGUGGAUACGGCGGCAAUGGAUACGUCAACGGAUAUAGUUAUAGCGACAGAUAUCCGUACGAUGAUUGA